UCCAAGCAACAGGAAUAUCCAGGCAAAGGGCUGAGUGGCAGGACUAGAUUGUUAGCUAGAGCACUUUGAAAAGGGGAAGAGACCACGUAAUUGUAAGAAUUAGCCUUUAAAUUUCAAAAUCAAGACAGAGCUCAACAGCAUUCUACUCCAGCGCUGCAGAGCUCAGAAUCAUGGACAGCUUCACAGUGAGGACGGCUCUCUGUCUGGGCAUCUGCCUAUCUAUUCUCGUCAUUGCCUGCCAGGGACAGACGGGACUCGAGGACGGAACACAAUCACAGGAGGAGCAGUAUCCUCAGCAGAGAUAUGCAGCCCGAGAACUGGUAGACGCGUUGGAAGGGCUGCUGGAGAACAACAGCGACACAAUUGCAGUGGAGAAGAAGGCCAGUCAGAUCCCGCGGUGUGAUGUUGGCGAGCGAUGUGCCCUUAAAUACGGGCCCAGGAUCGGCAAACUAUGCGACUGUCUCCGGGGUGCCGCGUGCAACACCUUCCUCCUGAGGUGCUACUAAACCACGCGCCGACCACCGGGGAGACUUCCUGCCAGAACGGAAACCCCGCCAUCUUAACUCUUGUUUUAAAAUAGAUUGUGCUGCUCAAUGUAUUCUGUUUUCUUUUUUGUUUUGUUUUGAAUAUGUAUAUGUGAUUUUAACUAAGCCCUAUAAAUUGAUUAUUUAAAAAGAAUGGAUUGAUAAGGUGUGUAUUGUACCUUGGUAUAUUUUACACAGUAUACAUUAAUGAUGAAUCACCUUUAAAUGUUUCCUUAAUAAAAACAAAGUGCAUUCAAGUUUA